AAGCAGGAGCGGCCCAGCCGCCCCGCACAGCAACCCCGGCCGCAGCCCUCGGGGUGGGAGUGAGCGAGGCAGCCGCGGUGGCAGGGGAAGGAGCGCACAUUUUCGGCUCUGCUGUCCCCAGUGUCAAGCACGCCAGAACCGGGACCUCCGGCUCUGGUGGGUGCCACGCGCACCUGGGCCCUUCCCCGCCCUGGCGGAACGACACGGGCCCCGCCUGUUCCCGCCCGGACUGCACCGCUGAGCGCCGGGCCCCGCCGGAGCGUUUACCAGGGCGCUUCCCGGCGUACCGGAAGCCGCCUCAGCGAGGAGGCUCAGGGCCGCGCUAGUUGGGGAGGCCGCGGGCUGGAGCCGGUGGGUGCCGCCGUGGAUCGCGGCCUGUCGGCGAGCACAGCCCGCGCCCGGCCGGCUGCAGCGCCCCGCGCGUUCCCCGGUCGGUGGAACGGCUUCUCCGUGCCGUUCCGGGGUGAUCACCUCGGCCCCGUUGGGACCUGCGUCCCUCCGGGCUGGGGCUUCGGGCGCGCGGAGCCGCUCCCCUUCCCGAGAGCAGCGGGACCUUGAACCGGGGAGCCAAGUCCACCGGCGAGCUGCUCGCCUUUCCCGGGGCUUGAUAAGGCAAAUGUUUCCUCUCAUACAACGAUGCUACUUCCACGCUCAUUUCAAGCUCCAGAUGUUACCGGUUCCCAGACUACUACUGUAUGGAAAGAAUAAGACAACUUGCUCUUCUCUUGGCCUCCACCAUCUGCAGAGAGAUGUGUGUCUCCUCUCGAGAUCUCCAAGUCUCAACCCAGCAUCAAUACAUGCAGCCAAGCUCCAGGCUUUUCACACCUCUCUCCCCUUCUUCAAGAAGAAAACCCCCAAAGAAUCUGAGACCGAAGACUCGGGCAUAUUGGAACGAAGUAUGAAAUCACUAAAAGAUUCUCCAAAGCCAGCCCUUUACUUAAGCCUCGCAGGGCUAAUUCCAUUUGUUUCUGUGCCACUGUCAAUGGUCAUCCAAGGCACCUACUACCCAGAGCUGGCGUUUGCUCAGAUUACGUACGGUGCUGUAACAGCCUCUUUCCUAGGAGGAAUGAGGUGGGGGUUUGCUCUCCCAGAAAACAGCCCGGCCAAGCCAGACUGGCUGAACCUGGCUAACAGUACAGUUCCUCCUCUACUUGCCUGGCAAGCCUUACUUUUUAAAGAUGUCACUCAUGGUGGAAUAAUGCUGGUAAUGGCCUUAGGGAUAGCACUACAUUAUGAUCUUUCCCUUCUUCCUACUUACCCUAGGUGGUUUAAAGUACUGAGGGUAGUGGGAACAGUGGUGAUGGUAUUAUCACUAUUAGCUACUGUAGCAUUGAAGAGUUUUUCAGAGGAGCAGCUAAGUAAAAGCAGAAAUAAAUGGCAGAACACAAAAUAAUAAAUCACUAGUGAAAAGCUAUUUAUCUGCCAAUAAGGUAUAUGUAUUGAGUUCCAGGGGAAAAAAAGACUUAUUUGUGCUUGUAAGUCAUAAGGUGGCAGUGAGCAAGAUGUUUAUUCUUGAAGCAAACAGCUGGUUUAGGAGGGAAGGAGUGUAAGUACCAAUGACUUCCAAGGCAGGCACAAGUCCGUCCCUAUCUGUAGAACAAAGCAUCGCUCUUGAAUGAAAUGUUACUGUUAUGUGAAUUUAAAAUAGAGAUUCAAAUGACGUGGGUAUGAAUUGCUCUACGCUGAAUUAUUAAAGUAUCUGGUUUAACUAUAAUGUGUGAUAAUAUUAUGUGGUGGGGACAACAACUGUGUAGUCAUGAACUGACAAGGUGAAAGCAGUUCUAGUUUAGUGUUUAAAGAAGCAGCAGAGAAUUACGCAAAAGUACAUAUAUGUUAAAUUCCUAUGUUGUGGGACAAAACUCUUCUCUCUCUGCAACUGAGAAGGUGCUGAAAAUGUUACAUGAUUAAGUGCUAGUCAGGUAGGAAAGGAUAGGCAAGGUUGGUUUGCAGUGGUAAGCCAAGGUCAGCGCUCACCUGAAAUAUGUCAUCCAGCUGCAGUGAUGGAGCGGGGAAAGCUAGAAGGGGAAGCUUUGUAUCCUUGACAAGGUGCCACAAGAGACAGAAGGUUACUUCCUACUCAGGCUCAAAUCAAAAAGGAUACCUGGGCCAUCUGUUCCUAGGUGUUGUUCGGACUUGGGGUUGCCUAGCUAAGGAAGCUAUGUGCAACACAGCCAUAAAGAUCUGUCAGGCUCCUGAAUUAAAGUGCUAUCAACUGAUGAUAUGACACAUGGACUCAGUUGCUGGCACUAAGGGAUCAGAUAAUGGGAUUGAAAGUUGUUUGUGUCUACUCCUUCUCAAAACUUGUUUUAUUUGAGCACCUGGACAUGUAGCCAGCAAACCCUCCAUGAUGGGCCAAUUAUUGAAAAUACUGUAAGAGCAUAUGCUCUUCGUACUUCCUGAAGGGAAGAAGAUACAAACUGAGUCAUGUGGAUUUUCUUUUCUAGCUUCAGCUACCUUGAGAAACCUAUGAAAUUGGAUGUGGGCGUAUUUACUGUGGAUUUAUCAUCUUAAGUAUUCUUUAAAGUACAGUAUAAGAAGCUGAAAAGUGACAUCCACACACAAUCUUAGGACCAACUUAAAUAAUCGUCAUAGUUCUCUUAAAGCACUAUUCUUCAUUGUUCUAUACAGAAUAAAUCACAUACUGUCACUUAAAA